CCUGGCGGGGGGAGCAGGAGGUGGCGGCGCUGAGGGCUCGGAGGAGGAGGGCGGCUCGGAGCCACGGCCGCGCUGCCCUGCCCGGGACCCUGCGUGCUGUGGCGGCCGGCGCCGAGCCAGACCCCCGGCGGGCGCGGAGCGGGCGGGCUGAGCGACGCUCGCCGCCGCCGCCUCCUCUCGCAGCGCCAGGAGCCGCGCCGUCCCCGCCGCCGCUGGGACUCCCUCCCCGGGCAGAGCGGGGGAGAAUGACGGAGCUCCAGUCUGCCUUGCUACUGCGGAGACAACUAGCAGAGCUCAACAAAAAUCCAGUGGAAGGAUUUUCAGCGGGCUUGAUAGAUGAUAACGAUCUGUACCGAUGGGAAGUCCUCAUUAUUGGCCCUCCAGAUACACUAUAUGAAGGUGGUGUUUUCAAGGCUCAUCUUACUUUUCCAAAAGACUACCCACUGAGGCCGCCAAAAAUGAAAUUCAUCACAGAAAUCUGGCAUCCAAAUGUUGACAAGAACGGCGAUGUCUGCAUUUCAAUCCUCCACGAGCCCGGGGAAGACAAAUAUGGCUAUGAGAAACCCGAGGAACGCUGGCUUCCCAUUCACACGGUGGAAACCAUCAUGAUUAGUGUUAUUUCUAUGCUGGCAGAUCCCAAUGGUGAUUCUCCUGCUAACGUUGACGCAGCGAAAGAAUGGAGAGAAGACAGAAAUGGAGAAUUUAAAAGAAAAGUUGCCCGCUGUGUAAGAAAAAGCCAAGAAACUGCUUUUGAGUGACACUUAUUCAGCAGCUAGUAGCUUCACUUUUUUCAGGGUCUCCAAUUGAGAAACAUGGCACUGUUUUUUUUCCUGCACUCUACCCACCUAUUGCUGGACUUCUGUUGUUACAAGUUGGCAAACACUGGCUGGAACUGGGCUGCAAUAAAACAUGCCAGUUAUCAAUGCUGACAAGAGCCUAACAAGUGCCAACACAAGAUGAUUACGCAUUUUGAAAAUCUAAUGAACUGCUUUAACCUUCAGGAAGAAUUGUAAAGAUGUGUACAUAGCACAACAUGAUCCGGAUAAUAUAUAUACUGUUCAUGUACAUCCACAAAUACACAUUGUACCAAAUAAUGCUGUCAGUAGGUAGGAAUAGAAUUGUGUAAAUUCUAAAAGAUUUUAGCAGGUUUUUUUCUCUCCCUAUUCAUUGUUUCCUAUGAGUUUAAAAAAAAAAACAAACAACCAAACAACAACUUGUGAAGCAUGUCAAACUGAAAACAAUUAGGAUAAAGUUGUUUUUUUGGGUUUGGUUUUUUUUUUCUUUCUUUUUUUUUUUUUUCCCCUCCCACUUUAAUUUUCCUUUGACCCACUGAGGCUUAAUUAAAAUUUCUUGCUUAUUAAAGUUUAGUAUAUCUUUUUUUUUUUUGGUUUGUUUUUGGAAAUGUGCUCCCUUUUAUUUCCCCCAUCAGAACUUUUAAAAUUUUCCUAAUUAAACCCUGAAAGGAUUUGCUAUCAAUUACUUGUGUCUUCUUUUAUGAUGACCUUUGUAGUCUCAAAGGUGCUUUAUUAUUAUUAAUAUUAUUUUUUUCCCUUCCCACCCCUUUUUUAAACCCAAUUACUCCUCCUCCUUGAAUUGGGUAUAGCAAUAAAAGUGGCCAUGGAGCACCCUUGAGCAGCCUGAGGGAUUUUUAACGUCCAAGGACCUGAGUGCUUGCCCUUGGAAGUUCACUUGACGAAGUUAGUCCGAGAUAGGAAGGAGCUGCUUUUUAGGGGUGAAAUUUGGGGGUUUGCCUUUUUUCAUUGCCUGUUUGUGGGGUGGGGGGGGUGUGUGUGUGAUUGGGGGGGGAAGGCUUGUUUUUUCUCAAGGUUGAGUUCCAGCAUGCACAUCUGUAGGCUUUCAAAUGACUAACUUCUGGGUUUGCUCUCAAAAAUAGUUUCCCUCCUUCCUUUACUCUCUUCUGUGGCCCUUCAUCUGCUUUGCCUUCUACUCCAGAGUUUUCCCUCCCCUGAUGUACAAAGAAAAUUACGAUGUAUAUUUUCAUGUAAUUUGAUUUUUGGAAUUCUGUCACCUGUAGUGAGUUCUUCCAAAAUAUAAUUUUUUCCAAUAAGAA